GUGUCGCUCCGCAGGGACCCUUAGCGAGCUCUUCGCACUCGCCCGCCCCGCGCUCCGCCCUCCGCCCUCCGUCCCGGGGGAAGGGCUAUGGCGGCUCGGGGAGCGUGGCGGCCCUUCCGAGGGCUGCUGGUCCACCGCUACUACCGCAGCCCCCGGCUUCUGCUGCAGGCGUCACAGGCGAGGCCGAAUAUGGCGAGCCAGUCCCCGAGCCGGCUGAGCAGCGCUGGCCCCGGUCUCGCAACGGGGGCCGAUUCCCUGGCGCGCUCUGGAGGCUUCGUGGGAGGCCGCUGGCUCCAGGCGGCAGCCACUUUCCCCGUGCGGGACCCGGCCAGUGGGGCCGAACUGAUCCAGGUAGCGGACUGCGGCGUAGCGGAGGCUGAGGGCGCGGUGAAGGCCGCCUACGAAGCCGGAGCUGCGUGGAGUGGGGCUUCUGCCAAGGAUAGAGCGGUUUUGCUUCGUAAAUGGUAUGAUUUGUUGAUAAAGAAUAAAGAUGAACUUGCAAGGAUCAUCACAGCAGAGAACGGAAAACCACUGAAGGAAGCACAAGGUGAAGUCCUGUAUGCUGCUUCCUUCUUGGAAUGGUUUGCUGAAGAAGCUCGGCGCAUUUAUGGUGAUAUUAUUCCACCUUCAGCAACAAACAGGAGAGUCCUUGUGUUGAAGCAGCCCGUGGGAGUUGCUGCCAUCAUUACUCCUUGGAAUUUUCCGAGUGCUAUGAUUACCCGGAAAGUGGGUGCUGCUUUGGCAGCUGGCUGCACGGUGGUAGUAAAGCCAGCCGAAGAUACACCUUUAUCUGCCUUAGCACUUGCCGAGCUUGCAAAUCAGGCUGGAAUUCCUGCAGGAGUAUACAACGUUAUUCCAUGUUCCAGACAACAGGCAGCAGUAGUUGGAGAGGUGCUCUGUACUCACCCCUUGGUAGCCAAAAUCUCAUUUACUGGCUCAACAGCUACAGGAAAGAUAUUGCUACGCCAUGCUGCUAGCACAGUGAAGCGGGUUUCCAUGGAGCUUGGAGGACAUGCUCCGUUCAUAGUGUUUGACAGCGCUGAUGUAGAUAAGGCAGUUGCUGGAGCUUUAAUUUCUAAAUACAGAAAUUCAGGGCAGACCUGUGUAUGUACAAACCGCUUCUUGGUGCAAAAAGGGGUUCAUGAUGAAUUUGUGAAGAAGUUUGCCCAAGCCAUUAAGAGGGAACUACAUAUUGGCCAUGGAUUCGAUGAAGGGACUACCCAGGGGCCAUUAAUUAAUGAAAGAGCUGUGGAAAAGGUUGAAAGACACAUUGAUGACGCAGUGUCCCAAGGAGCAUCCAUAGUUACUGGAGGAAAAAGGCACAGUUACGGGAAAAAUUUCUUUGAGCCAACUCUACUUAGCAAUGUGUCAACAAGUAUGUUAUGUACUCAAGAGGAGACCUUUGGGCCUUUGGCUCCAGUUAUCAAAUUUGAUACAGAAGAAGAAGCACUUGCCAUCGCAAAUUCAGCCAAUGUGGGUCUAGCAGGUUAUUUUUAUUCUCAAGACCCAGCCCAGAUUUGGAGAGUCGCUGAGCAGCUGGAAGUUGGAAUGGUUGGUGUUAAUGAAGGAAUUCUCUCUUCUGUGGAGUGCCCAUUUGGUGGGGUAAAACAAUCAGGGCUAGGAAGAGAAGGUUCUAAAUAUGGUAUUGAUGAGUAUUUAGAAAUAAAAUAUGUUUGUUUUGGAGGUUUACAAUAGCCAUUUGUUAGGACUCUAGCCAAAGUAGGACUAUAGUUUUGGCCAUUCAUAGGCUUUGUUUAGCAAGCUAACUUGGAUUUUUUUUCUUUUCAUAAAAUAACUCUGAUCAGGUUUAUGUGUAGAGACGUCUGUACUUCAAAUUAUGUCAAUAUAUAUAAAACAGUUCUUCAUAAUUACAUUGUAAUUGCAAAUGUUAAUAUCUAUCUUGGUCAUAAUGCAGAAACAAAUCAUAUUUGCUGUUGACAUUCAGAAGGAUUUGGAAAUCUUUAUUCCUAAACAUUUUUGGAGUAUGCUGGGCAGCUUCUCUACCCAUUUUUUUUCUCACAUGUGAAGAGUUAUAAAAGUGAUGGAAUCUUGAAUAUUUGUGCCAAAUUUUGAAUUUUACUCCUUUUGUAAUACCUUUUUUCCUAAUUAAUUGGGGAAAAUCCAAUUUUCAUAAUUGUUCUUCAGCUGUUGUCUGAAAUAUGUGUCCUUGUGGAUAUAUGUGGGUUGUGAGCCACCCAGAGUCCCCCAUUGGGGGGAGAUGGGCAGGGACAAAUUUAAUAAAAUAAUAAUAAUAAUAAUAAUAAUAAUAAUAAUAAUUUAAAAAUUCAUUUCUAAUAUCCUCCUGUUAGUCAAUAGGACUAGGCUUAUUUAAGGAGAGAUUUGCAAUUAGUAUCCUGUAGUUAAGCUUUACAAUAACACAAACUAAUGGGCAGUAAUCAUUUCUGCCAAUACGUAAUGUACACAGUCUUCAGAGAUUCUUAAAUUGGCAAAAAAAUGAAAUCCUUAUAGAGUUUACGAGGCAGAGUAACAAAGACAAAUUUUAAUGAUAAAUACUAAUGCAUAAUAUAUUCAUUCAGACCUGCUUGGGACCAGUAGCUGCAUAAAAUAGUUAGAUAUAAUUGACAUAUGCUCAUUUUUUAAAAACCACAUUGAUCCAUGGGACCGCUAUAAACAUGAGAGUGCUCUAUGGAUGAAUCCUUUGAUACCUGCAGAAUUAACUUAGUCUAACCUGGAUGAUUCAUCAUUCUCUUUUGUAAUAAAUAAACUGAUUAUUUUUGAAAUAGGAUGGAAAAAUUAGCAUGGCACUGACAUAUUGCUGCAUUAAAUUGAACAUGCACUUUAUAUGUCAAAACUGCAUUUGAAAUUUUGCAUUACUUUUUGUUCCAUGCUGUUCGAGGAGGUAGUUAAAAGUGCUUCUCCUUGGACUGCAAACUCCUCUGCAAUAUACAGACUGCCUCUGAGGAUCAUCACUAGGCUUCAGAAGCAGCCUGCAUUGUUUCCUGAACAGCACAAAAUCAAAACCUUCUUUGAUUAUAGAAAGUACUUGUUUUAAAUUAACUUUCACUAUCACAUUAUUUUUUUCUUUAAAGUACUGGGAAAAAAAAUCAGAUUGUGGUAGUUCCAAAAAGCACUAUUUGUAACGUUGUUACUCUUUUAUUAAAAAAAAGUAGAAGCCAUAUGUGCUUGAUCUGUACGUUAGCCAGUAGAGUAUUUCAUAAAUAAUUGUGCCAUUUACAUUUCAAAAUGUUUGGCUAUAGCACAAAUGAACACUUUAACCUAUUACAUAUUUUAAUUUCAAAGAAAUGUCUCAAAGGUUGGAUCAGUUUGGUAAUGUAUCUAAUAUUUGUUUGUAUGUUUACUUUUUUUUUUAAAAUCACAGUAUAUGUUUACAUUCAUAUAAAGGGAUACUUGAAUUUAUUACUUAAUUGACUUUUUCCUAGACUUUUUCUUUACCAGAUAUGGAUGUGAACAAAUAAUUAUUAAUGUAAUAAAAGUUGGACAUUCACA